AUGACGUCCAUCGAGACCAAGGAUCUGAUCUCUGUCAACGAAGAGAUCGAGGACAUAUACAACCAAGGUGUCAAAGGCAUCGAAGGCCUGCCGCAGUCCUUCGACAAUGUGGCAAAAUGGCUUCCACUUGUUCGACGCCUCCUCGAAACUGUCGGGCAUGUUUAUCUAGACGAACAAGCCCGCUUAGCCAUUGAGAGCAUUAUGAAGACGUGCGAAUCCAACGCAGUUCGACUGCGGAGAGUAUUCAAGGCCGUCGCUGCGUGGGAGGAUGCAUUCAUACAAGAAGAGUACUUGACGGUGAUGAAACGCAUCAGUGAUGGAAAGCCCGUGGAAACCGUAGCACGCGAGAUGAUGGAAGGCGUGCGAGAUUUGGCAAUGCAUGACGGUGUCAAGGCGGCGACCGAGGCCCAAGUUGCAAAGCUCCUUACGGCUAUCAAGGAACUUUCCAACAUUGAGCCUUUGCCGUCGACUCAAGGUUCUGUCAGCCAGCAUCAUUCUGGCUCUGGCGAUAAUGUUGCGGGGAACAAGGUGAUGGGUAACCAUAACGAGAAUCAUGGUUCUGGUCCGGCUUAUUUUGGCAGCUACACCCAGAAUCUUCCAAAGUAG